GGUGCGCAGGCAGUGCCGGCCGGGCCGUGCCCACGCCAGCAGCGAGCCCCGAUCCCCGGGAGCCUCCGGCCCUGAGGCCCAGGCGAGACGCGGUCGAGCCGACCCUACUUCCAGGGCGCUACGGGUGAGGCCGCCGCCCAGGCCGAGCCCAGCGGCGGCGGCCGGGCCGGCAGCACGCCAUGAGGAGCGGAGCCCCUUCCCCACCGCCUCCAUUCCCGCGCGCGAAGAAAUGACUACCCCAAACAAGACCCCACCUGGUGCUGAUCCAAAGCAGUUAGAGAGGACUGGUACUGUUAGAGAAAUAGGCUCACAAGCAGUUUGGUCUCUUUCGUCCUGUAAGCCAGGGUUUGGAGUGGAUCAGUUACGAGAUGAUAAUCUAGAAACUUACUGGCAGUCAGAUGGAUCACAGCCUCAUUUGGUGAACAUCCAAUUUAGAAGAAAAACAACAGUGAAGACCUUAUGUAUUUAUGCAGACUACAAAUCUGAUGAAAGUUACACUCCAAGCAAGAUCUCUGUCAGAGUAGGAAAUAAUUUUCAUAAUCUUCAGGAAAUUCGGCAACUGGAAUUAGUGGAACCCAGUGGCUGGAUCCAUGUUCCUCUAACAGAUACCCACAAGAAGCCCAUUCGCACCUUCAUGAUCCAGAUUGCUGUUCUAGCGAAUCACCAAAAUGGAAGAGACACUCACAUGAGGCAAAUCAAAGUGUACACCCCUGUAGAGGAGAGCUCCAUUGGUAAAUUUCCCAGAUGUACAACAGUUGAUUUCAUGAUGUAUCGCUCCAUCAGAUAAAAUUUCCUUAUGAGGAACAAUAAAGGUAUUUUUUCAUGACUGUUAUCUUUGCUAAAGUAUUCAGAUACUUAAAGAGCUGAGUUCACUUCAGUGUAAUUAUAUCUUUAUGUUUAUACUUUGUACAAUUUUGAAAUAAAGAUAAUCUUGUGUUACA